AUGUUGCAGCAGUGUGCAGCAACUACUAGGGAGCAAAAUAACUCAAUAGAAGAAGCAACACAAGUAGAGGAAGAUCGAGUAUCAAUGGAUAGUGCAGAUCCGGGAAGAAGAUGGACAAGUCUGAAAGAAAGGCUAGGAUUCAAAGGGAUGGGUUGCUGUGGGUCCAGGCGGAGGCCCACUUCUUCAAGUUUCAGCACCUUGGAAACCCUCCAAGAAAACCCACACACGGCUCCGCCACUCCCCACGGGCAUGAACCUGGCGAUGGCAUUAGCGGCCGAGCGCAAUUCGCGGGAAGAGAAGGAUGAGGGUCCCGCCACCGAAGUCAAGACCCUGAUGAGAUUGAUCGAGGAAACGGAUGGUGUUGAUUGGAGGAAGAAAAGGAGAAGGGACAACAGGGGAGCCGAUACUGAUUGGGUGUGCUGCGUGUGCAUGGAGAGGAGUAAAGGCGCGGCUUUUAUUCCCUGUGGGCACACCUUUUGUAGGGUUUGCUCGAGGGAGAUGUGGGUCAAUCGGGGACUUGUCCUCUUUGCAACCGUUCGAUCCUGGAGAUCCUUGACAUCUUUUGAGAUCGAUCCUAUGUAA